AUGCAUUUGCGCGAGCUUCUCGUCCACCUUGCCAUAGCCGCAGUCUGUGACGCCUCAUCUCGAUAUGUCAAGCUGCCAGUCGUCCAUUCUAUAAAUCGGAAAGUCUUUGGGGAUGUCUGGGAUAAGCGGGCGAUGACGACGGUGCCUCUGGCAAACAGGUCAGAUGUAGCCUAUUACGCGAAAUUGGACAUCGGCACGCCGCCACAGCAAGUCUAUCUUCAGUUAGACACCGGCUCGUUCGAGCUCUGGGUCAACCCAGAGUGCGCCAGGCUGCAGGACUCUUCUGAUGUGUGGUUCUGCCAGGCUGCAGGUUACUACAAUGUGACAUCGUCGUCCACCGCUACUACGCUUGCGGGCAACAAAACACUGCAAUACGGCGUUGGCAGUGCCAGCAUCCAAUACGUUCAAGAUGACAUUGGUCUUUCGGACACAGACACUUCUCUCAAGGGGGUACAAUUUGGAGUGGCCUUGGACACUGUCGACGAAUGGUCUGGCAUUCUCGGCAUUGGUUAUGGAGAGAACGUGAAUACACCGUACAAGAACUUCAUCGAUCAGUUGGCCGACCAGGGGGUCACGGACACGAAGGCCUUCAGCCUGGCCCUCGGGAGCAAAGCGGAAGAGGAAGGGAUCGUCAUCUUUGGCGGGAUAGACACGGGAAAGUUUACGGGCACGCUUCAGACGUUGCCCGUCAUCCCGGCAGAAGACUUACCUGACCAGGUCCCGAGAUACUGGGUGAACAUGAGCUCGCUGAGCCUCACACCACCCAGCGGCAAUACAAAGGUGUACCAGAACACUACCAUGGCUGUCUUCUUGGACAGCGGCACCACCCUCACUCUGUUGCCGACAGAUCUGGCCAAUACUAUUGCUGCUGACUUUGGUGCAGAGGCUGCAGAUAGUCAUGGCGUCUAUUCGGUCGACUGUUCUCGCAAGGACCUCCCUGGCACCCUGGACUUUGGGUUUGAGGGGGUCACAAUCCGCGUGCCAUGCAAGGAACUAGUCCGGGAGCUCCAGACUGUUUCCCCCCCUCAGUGUUUCCUCGGUAUCAGUCCCAAUGACGACUACGCUUUAUUGGGAGACACGAUGCUGCGGUCUGCUUAUGUCGUGUUUGAUCAGACGAACAAUGCGAUCCAUCUCGCCCAAUACGUCAACUGUAACAAAAACGAGAUGGAGAUUACUGACCAGACGAAUAUGAGCUCAAUAACGGGCGACUGUGAUGCACCCGACUUCAACACGGCCAACACAACCUCGGGAACCUCGCCGACGACUACUGCUACCACCGAUGGAGGCAAUGGGGGAGCUGCCGAGACCGAUGCGUCCAAUGCGAGCGCAGCUCCGCUGAUACGGUCAAGCUCUCAUACUUGGCUUGGAUACUGGACAGCGUUGCUGUUUGUCACCAUCUGGGUGGGCGCUUUUGCAUGA